AUGAUAAUCAUCGGAGGACGCUUCAUACUUGGGACAUCUUGUCUUUUGGGCUAUUUAAUCUACAAGUUUCAACGGAGACAUUUAUCAUUAGAUGAUGAUAUUGAAGAGUUUCUUCAAAAUCACAAAAAUCUCCAACCCAUCAGGUACUCAUAUUCACAUUUAAAGAAGGUAACCGAUAAUUUCAAGAAUAAGUUAGGCCAAGGAGGCUUUGGCUCUGUGUACAAAGGAAUACUUCAGAGUGGCCGCAUUGUAGCAGUAAAAGUAUUGGUCAUGUCAAAAGCUCAUGGACAAGAUUUUAUCAAUGAAAUCGCAACAAUUGGAAGGAUUCACCAUGUUAAUAUAGUACAACUUGUUGGAUUUUGCGUAGAAGGGUCAAAAUGGGCUCUUAUAUAUGACUUUAUGCCAAAUGGGUCACUUGAUAAGUUUAUCUUCCUUAAAGGAGAAAAAAACAUUCCUUUAAGUUGGGAUAGAUUGUACAAAAUUGCACUUGGAGUAGGGCAUGGGAUUAAAUACUUACAUCAAGGGUGUGACAUGCAAAUUCUACAUUUCGAUAUCAAACCACACAAUAUUCUUUUGGAUGAAGACUUUACACCAAAAGUUUCAGAUUUUGGCCUUGCAAAAUUGUAUUCAACAAAUGAAAGUGUUGUAUCUCUCACUGCAGCCCGAGGAACAUUAGGAUACAUUGCUCCAGAGUUGUUUUAUAAAAACAUUGGACAUGUGUCUUAUAAGGCUGAUGUUUAUAGCUUUGGAAUGUUGUUGAUGGAAAUGGUGGGAAAACAGAGGCAUUUUAGUGGAUAUGAAGAGGAAUAUCUUAGUGAAUUAUUCUUCCCAUCAUGGAUUUAUGAUCGAAUUGAACAAACACAAGAUAUGAGAAUGGGAGAUGUCACAGAGGAUGAAAAGAAAUAUAUAUCGAAGAUGGUUAUAGUUGCAUUGUGGUGUGUGCAAAUGAGUCCCAUGGACCGUCCUUCUAUGAGCAAAGCACUCGACAUGUUGGAAGGUGAUGUUGAACUAUUGCAACUACCUCCUAAACCUACCUUAUAUUCUCAUGAAAUAUCAGCUUUGGAUCGGGAGAACAACCCAAUGGGGGUUCCAAUUUCCUCACGUAAUGCAAGUAUUACAAUUAGCUUAGAUGGGAGGUAA